AUGGAUGCCGAUGUCGAUGCGAUCGAUAUCGAUGAUGGUGAUGACGACGGUGCUGGUAUAUUCAGCAUCGCCAGUGACUGCCACGGCGAGGACGAUGACGCCCUCAUUAGUGAAGACACAGUUCUUUCAGCAGUGCACACGAAGCGCACUGCUACUAACAAGGAUGAAUCAACUGAGGAAUUUCUGCUGAGUCGCAAAGCGGUUGUCCGCUUCGUUCAAGACUCUAUUGUAGAUGUACUAGACAAUCAGAAGGGAAAUGCAGACAAACUUGGUAGAGCAAAUGUUCUUUCAUUCAAUGAAGGAGACUUAGUUUACUGUCUACAGUAA